AGGUGGUCGACUUCAGAAAAAUAAAAGAAGGAAUGUAAUCCUAUGUGGCAUAAAUAUGAGAGGACUUGAAUUAACAACGCAAAAUCGGAACCCAACUCUUAAAUGGGAAUUUGAGUUUAUGUAAUCUAUAAAACUACCUCUGCAUCUUCCUGCAUUUUGUUUUCUUUCAAUUUGUAAUGUUUAUCGUCAAGAAACUAAUGAGAGGAAGAAGCAGCAGAAGAAUGAACAUUGUCCAAAUUACUCUGUUCUUGUGGUAUAUGAGUGCGGUAGCAUCACAAGAAACAUCCUUGGCAAAGCCUAAUUGUUCAUCGCGAUGCGGAUCAGUCACUCAAAUCCCAUAUCCUUUUGGAAUUGAAGAUGGCUGCUACCUCGGUGACUGGUUCCAAAUAAUAUGUGACAACUCAACCAGUCCAUCGAGAGCUUUCAUGAAAGUUACUGGUUUGGAGGUGCUGGAAAUUUCUGUUGAAGGCACGCUAAAGGUGGCAAGCCCUAUUACCUUCUCUAAUUGCAGUAACAAGCCAGUAGGUCGCCAGACGCCUAACUUGGAAGGAAGCCCGUUUGUGUUCUCCCAGAAAAACAGAUUUACUUCAUUGAGCUGUGGAGGAAUCGCCUUGAUGACAUCCUUAGAUGGUUCAACAAUUGCUGGCUGCUUGUCCAUAUGUGAUUAUACAAGUACUAGCUAUCUACGAACGAAAAGCUGCAUCGGGAUGAAUUGCUGCCAGACCACCAUUACUCCAUAUCUCAGGUCCUUCAAUACUAGUUUUGGAGCAGUAUUAAAUGCUGACGGAAAGGCAUGCAAGUCUGCCUUCCUUGUAGAGCAUGAUUGGUUUACAUCAAACUCAACAAAUGUUUCUGCUAUUGAUGAAAUGGACUACGUUCCUAUGGUGCUGGAAUGGCACGUACUUGAUUUGAAUUAUACCAAGUUUGAUAUAUAUGGAACAAAUAAUACAGAUGAUAAAAGUACGGAUUGCAGCAGCAGCAAAUGUUUAUGCUCAAAGGGCUACCAUGGAAACCCGUAUCUUCCUCAUGGAUGUCAAGACAUCAAUGAAUGCGAGGAUCCAGACCACCCCUAUAGAUGUGGUUCCGGCAUUUGCAUCAAUUAUCCUGGGAGCUUUAUGUGUCAAUUGCCUGAUCAACGAUCAUCACGAGUUACUCUGGCCAUUAUAGUUCCCAGCAGUGUUCUUGGACUGUUGUUUCUGCUAACUGGCAUGUGGUGGGCGCACAAAGUCAUGAAGAAAAGGAAAGAUAUGAAACGCAAAGAGAAGUUCUUUAGACAAAAUGGUGGUUCAGUGUUGGAGCAACAAUUAUCUUCUGGUGAACUCAAUGUUGAGAAGGUUAAGUUGUUCAAUUGCAAGGAGCUAGAGAAAGCCACGGACCAUUUUAAUGCAGACAGAGUUAUUGGUCAGGGAGGCCAAGGUACAGUUUAUAAAGGAAUGUUGGCGGAUGGAAGAAUUGUUGCUGUCAAGAAGUCUAAAAUAGUUGAGGGAGGUGACGUUGGACAGUUCAUUAAUGAAAUUGUCAUUCUCUCACAAAUUUCCCACAGGAAUGUGGUUAAGCUAUUGGGUUGUUGUUUAGAGACUGAAGUUCCCCUCUUGGUUUAUGAAUUCAUACCCAAUGGAACACUUUUUCAAUAUAUUCAUCACCAGAAUGAGGAGUUCCCUCUUACUUGGGAAACGAGAUUAAGAGUUUCAAUCGAAGUUGCCGGAGCACUUUCCUACUUACAUUCUGCAGCUUCCUUUCCAAUUUACCACCGGGACGUCAAGUCUUCUAACAUACUCUUGGAUGAAAAAUACAGAGCCAAAGUAGCAGACUUCGGGACUUCAAGAUCAAUUUCCAUUGACCAAACGCAUCUUACAACACUAGUACGUGGAACAUUUGGUUAUCUGGACCCAGAAUACUUCCAAUCUAGCCAAUUUACAGAGAAGAGUGAUGUUUAUAGCUUUGGAGUCGUCCUUGCUGAGCUCUUGACGGGACAAAAACCAGUUUCAUUCAUGAGGUCACCAGAAAGCAGAAGCCUAGCCACUUAUUUCCUUAUGUCCAUGGAGGAUAAUAAUUUGUUUGCUAUUCUUGAUGCUCAAGUUAUGAAGGAUGGUGGAAAAGACGAGAUUGUGGGUGUUGCUAUUCUUGCAAAAAAAUGCUUAAAUUUGAAUGGAAGAAACCGUCCUACUAUGAAAGAAGUGUUAGUAGAAUUGGAGGGAAUUCAAUUGUCAGUUAAAGCUUCUGAUGUCCAAAAAACUUUUGCAGAGGUUGAAUAUGAUCAAAGCCAAAUAACCGAGCCAUGGGAUAUUUCUUCUUUAUCAGCCGGUUCUUGUAUGGAUAGUGGCACAAGCUCUUCUUUUUUUGAGAGCAAAAGAGAUUCCAGUCAUAAUCCAAUAAUCCAUACAAAAAGACAAGCAUGCAUGAACACAGUGGCCUCGUUAAAACCUUCCUAGGAAAACCACAUGGGAGAAACCCCAAGGGAGGAAAGAGUACCACCAAUGUCUUUCAAGUUACUGUAAAGAAAAUAUUUCUUGUAAUAUUAUGUUUUUGGACUUGUAAUCCUUUAGACUAUUACCUUACGCAAUGCAAUUUCCAUCUA